AUGGUCAAGGACUGGCUGACAAAAUUUGGGUAUCUGCCCCCUCCGGAUCCUGUCACAGGACGGCUGCAGACGCAGGAGGAGCUCACCAAGGCCAUCACCGCCAUGCAGCGGUUCGGGGGGCUGGAGGCGACGGGGGUCCUAGACGAAGCCACGCUGGAGCUGAUGAAGACCCCCCGCUGCUCUCUGCCCGACCUUGCUGGCGUGGAGAGCCGGAGGAAGCGACACACACAGGCUGUCACCAAGUGGAGCAAAAGGAACUUAUCUUGGAGAGUUCGGACCUUCCCAAAAGAGUCCCACCUGGGCCACGACACAGUCCGAGCCCUGAUGUACUAUGCCCUGAAGGUCUGGAGUGACAUUACCCCGCUGAAUUUCCAUGAAGUGGCAGGUAACAAUGCCGACAUCCAGAUAGACUUCUCCAAGGCAGAUCACAAUGACGGCUACCCUUUUGAUGGACCUGGUGGGACAGUGGCACAUGCUUUCUUCCCUGGAGACCAUCACACGGCAGGAGACACCCAUUUUGAUGAUGAUGAGUAUUGGACCUUCCGAUCAUCAGAUGCUCAUGGGAUGGACCUAUUUGCUGUAGCUGUCCAUGAGUUUGGCCAUGCCAUUGGCUUGACCCACAUCUCUGCCAUAGAGUCUAUCAUGAGACCCUACUACCAAGGUCCAGUGGGGGAUCCUCUGAAAUAUGAUCUACCUUAUGAGGACAAAGUCCGAAUCUGGCAACUCUACGGAGUCAGGGAAUCUGUGUCCCCCACAGCCAAGCCUGAAGUAAGCAAAACUGAUGACCAUCCUAUCCUGCCAGAGCUGCCAGAGAACCGCUCCACUGUCCCGCUCAGGCGGGAUGUGCCCAACAGAUGCAACACUCACUUUGAUGCGGUGGCCCAGAUCAGGGGAGAGGCUUUUUUCUUCAAAGGCAAGUACUUCUGGAGACUGACUCGCAAUAAGCACUUGGUCUCCCUCCAGCCGGCUCAGAUCCACCGUUUCUGGCGAGGCUUGCCGCUCAACCUGGACAGCCUGGACGCGGUCUAUGAGAGAACCAGCGACCACAAGAUCGUCUUCUUCAAAGGAGACAGAUACUGGGUCUUCAAAGACAAUAACGUGGAGGAAGGAUACCCACGGCCCAUCUCAGACUUUGGUCUGCCACCUGGAGGAAUCGAUGCCGCUUUCUCCUGGGCCCACAAUGACAAGACUUAUUUCUUUAAGGACAAUCUCUACUGGCGCUAUGAUGACCACGAGCGGAGGAUGGAUCCCGGGUACCCUUCAGAGACCAUGCUGUGGAAGGGAAUACCAAGUCCUUUAGAUGAUGCCAUGAGGUGGUCAGAUGGUGCAAGUUACUUCUUCAGGGGCAAGGAGUACUGGAAAGUGCUGGACAGUGACGUGGAGGCCCAGCCUGGUUAUCCCCAGUCCAUCGCGAGGGACUGGCUGGUGUGCAGCGACAUGCAGUCCGACUCCCCAGAGGCAGCCGGGAGCAGCAGGACUGGGGCACGCUCCAAACCGGGGCAGCAUGACGAGAGCCGCUCAGAAAAUGGCUACGAGGUCUGCUCCUGCACCUCGGCCUCCCCGUCCCUCCGGGUUUGCCCUGUGCUCAGACUGUCAGCCAGCCUCAUGCUGACGAGCAUGUGGACAGCAGCACUGGUGUGUGCAGCCCUAUGA